AUGAAUUUGACACACGUGCCGCGUGGAGUUUCGCCUCGCAGCACAAUGGUCGCGACAACAGAGAAGAAACCUGCUGAGCCUAAGGUGGCGAAGGGCAAAGAAGACAGCAAAAAGCUGCCUGCUGUCCCAGAAUCAGUCCUGAAACACAGGAAGCGCAGGGAAGCUCUCAAAACCCGCAGAUUACAGGUGACCCUUAAAAGGAGAUCAGCUGCGGUUAAGAAGCGUAAGGAAAUCUUCAAGAGGGCCGAGCAGUAUGUUAAGGAAUACAGAAUUAAGGAGCGUGACGAAAUCAGAUUAGGCAGACAGGCACGCAACCGCGGUAACUACUACGUUCCCGGUGAAGCCAAGCUCGCAUUUGUCAUCCGUAUUCGUGGUAUCAACCAGGUCUCACCUAAGGUCCGAAAAGUCCUCCAGCUGUUCAGACUCCGUCAAAUCAACAACGGUGUGUUUGUCAAGCUUAACAAGGCCACAGUCAACAUGCUGAGAAUUGCUGAACCCUACAUCACAUGGGGUUACCCCAACUUGAAGAGUGUACGCGAGUUGAUCUACAAGCGUGGUUUUGCCAAAGUAAAGGGUCAACGCAUGCCAAUCACCUCAAACAAAACCAUUGAGGGAAGGCUCGGCAAGAGCAACAUAAUCUGUGUUGAGGACCUCAUACAUGAGAUCUUCACUGUUGGGGAGAAGUUCAAGUACGCAAGUAACUUCUUAUGGCCAUUCAAGCUAAACAACCCAACUGGGGGCUGGCGCAAGAAGACCAUUCACUACGUAGACGGAGGUGACUUCGGUAACCGAGAGGAUAAGAUCAACGAACUGCUUAGGAGAAUGGUUUAA